AGCCAUGGUGUCGUUGGUCUAUUCCCUUGGCAAGCGCACGCCCAUGAUUCCGAGCAGCGCCUGGAUCGCCCCAGGUGCCCGGGUCAUUGGAGACGUCCGCCUGGGACAGGAGGUGGGCGUGUGGUUCAACUGCGUUUUGAGGGGCGAUGAUUCCUACAUCCAGGUGGGCGAUCGCAGCAACAUCCAGGAUCUCACCAUGAUCCACUUGGAUACGGGCUGCCCUUGUAUCAUCGGUAAAGAAGUCACGGUGGGGCAUUCAUGCAUCUUGCAUGGCUGCACUGUGGAGGAUGAGGUGUUGAUCGGUAUGGGCGCUACGAUUCUGAACCGUGCCGUCAUUGGGCGAGGGAGCGUCGUUGGAGCUGGCGCCUUGGUGCUGGAGGGGAUGGAGGUGCCUCCUUUCUCCCUGGUGGUGGGCUCGCCUGCCAAGGUCAAGAAAACAUAUGAUGAGGAGGAACGCAGGGUGGCACAACGCCAGCAUGCUGCAAGCUAUGCAAAGAAAGCUGCACUUUUCCGCUCUGAACUUCGAGAAGCUCAAGAUUAUGGCAAGUACAUGCUGAUGCUGACUGCAGUGGUUUUCAUUGGUAUGGCUGGCUUAUCCAAGCUUAGAUGACAGCGUGAUGACACCAGGAUAUAUACAUAUAUAUACAUAAAGGGCUUCAGAAGGGCAUUUGGACAUCAAACAUGAAAGUUAAACAACUUGCUGAUGUUCAGUGUGAACUUGCAACAGGAAGGCUACCACGCUCCAGUGUGCCAAAGUGCAUUCACUUGAUGGACCUUCUCGGAAAGAAA